GCGGACCGCUUAUCUCCCCCGCAUUUCUCGCGGCAGAGGGCCGAUAGCUGUUAUAAGUGAAAGCACCAGGUACUAAUAAUGAUGUGUCGAGCCAGCCACUGACUGCUGUGCCGGCGGAUGCCAUUCAUUGACAAACUUCCCCUCAACACCAAGAUAAAGAGAGAAAAAAGGAAGUCCGUGUCCAGAAGUCCCACAGGCCAAGGACACACACCCAUCCGAUAAUGGACGACCCAGAAGUCAAGACCUAUGACCUAGGCGACCUCACCCUCGUCUCAGGCGUCGUGCUCCCAAAGGCGUUCAUCGCCUACAAGACCUUCGGCUCGCCUUCCAACCCGGCAAUAAUAUACCCGACAUGGUUCUCAGGCCUGAUAGCAGACAACGAGUGGCUGAUCGGCCGGGACAAGGCGCUCAACCCGGACAAGUACUUCAUCAUCAUCCCGGCGCUCCUGGGCAACGGGCAGUCGUCCUCGCCGAGCAACAUGCCGGACCUCCCGCCGGACCUGCGGCCGUUCCCGGACGUCACGUUCCGCGACAACGUCGCCGCGCAGCACCGCCUGGUCACGGAUGGCUUGGGCGUGGCGCACGCGCGGCUGGUGCUCGGGUGGAGCAUGGGCGCGGGCCAGACGUACCAGUGGCUGACGCAGUUCCCCGGGUUCAUGGACCUGGGCGCGCCCUUCUGCGGCAGCGCGAGGACCAGCGUGCACAACCAGGUGUUCCUCGAGGGCGUCAAGGUGGCGCUGCUCGCGGCCAAGGGGGCCUCGUCCGCCGGGGCGUGCGCCGGGGAGAAGGGCCCGGCGGGCCGCGGGGGUGGGUACAGGACCUGGACUGCUGAGGAGCGGGAGACGGGGCUGAAGGCCCUGGGGCGGGUUUAUGCGGGCUGGGGGUUCAGUCAGGCGUUUUAUAGGGAGAGGGUGUACGAGAAGUACCUUGGGUUCAAGGACCUGGAGGACUUUAUGGUGAGGUUCUGGGAGACUUGGGCUCUGUCUAAAGACCCGGAGAACUUGCUUGUUAUGCUUCACACGUGGCAGGCGGGAGACACAUCAGCACAAGAGCCGUAUGACGGGGAUUUUGAGCAGUCGAUGAAAGGGAUCAAGGCCAAGACCCUGGUGAUGCCAGGCAAGACCGACCUCUACUUCCCUCCCGAAGAUUCGGAAUACGAGGUCCAGUGUAUGGCUGAGGGGGUGGGGAAGCUCAUGCCCUUUCCAUCAAUAUGGGGUCAUUGGGCCGGCGGGCCAGGGACGAACAAGGCAGACCUGAAAUGGCUGGACGACAACUUGAAAGUCUUUCUUGAGGGGAGUUUCCCUUAAGGGAUGCCUCUAAAUCGGAGUGCAUAGUGAGGCAACUGUAGAGAGCUUGGUGACUUGGAGGAUGUAUUAGUAGAGAACGGAAAUUCGCGCACCCAGAAUUAAAAGGCACGCACCUAGAUAUAACUAAGCGAUACCUACAUAUAUACACAAAUUUAUUUUAACUAAAGCCUA